GACAACCCCGGAAGUGCAACAACAUAGGAAAUGAUUGCUUGCAACAUUAUGCUAUUUCAGGAAAGAUACAAUUGAACAGUUUAACGCGAAUAACAUUCUAAAGGAAACAAUCAAGGCUCACCACAUUGUUAAUCGGUGUCGAUGAAUGACGUAUACAUCUUGAGUUCGAGGGAAACGCAACAACCUUCAGUGUUUGGGGAUAUCACCAUGCGACAUGUUUUGUAGUAUUUAGGCUUCAUCGAUAGGGAUACGAAGACAUGGUGCUGUAUGUAAUUGAAUUCAAUUGAAUUUGAGAAUAAAUAUAAAGGUAAAAUAACGCUAACGUUUGCAUAUUUUUCCAGACCUCCCAUCUGCAUGCGCAGACUAGAAGCAGAAUUACUACCUUUGUGAUCAUUGCUGGUAACAAACAAGUUAGUGUUUUUGCACUUUCCGUCAUUUCGAAUGAACGACUGAAUUCACUUCAGUAAGAAAUAGGUCACACUGAAAGUGUCACCUAAAUUGGUCUUAAAAGAUCUGUUCAGAUCCGAUCAAUCUUAACCUUGUUCCUAAAACGACACAGAAAAGAACACAAGCAUGAGUUUCUUCAGUUUUGGCCAAAGUGCAGAAAUUGAUGUAGUUCUGACUGAUGCUGAGACGAGAAAGAAGGCUGAACAUAAGACUGAAGAUGGGAAGAAGGACAAAUAUUUCCUAUUUUAUGACGGGGAGACUGUGGCUGGAAAGGUCAACGUUACACUGAAGAACCCUGGGAAAAGACUGGAACAUCAAGGGAUCAAAAUCGAAUUUGUAGGCCAAAUUGAGCUGUACUACGACAGGGGAAACCAUCAUGAGUUUGUCUCCCUGGUGAAAGAUCUGGCAAGGCCUGGUGAGCUUACUCAGUCACAGACCUUCGACUUUGAGUUCACCCAUGUUGAGAAGCCCUAUGAGUCCUACACAGGCCAGAAUGUGAAGCUAAGGUAUUUUCUGCGCGCUACGGUGAGCAGGAGACUGAAUGACAUCAGUAAAGAGAUGGAUAUCGUGGUGCACACACUCAGCACGUACCCAGAGCUCAACUCGUCAAUAAAAAUGGAAGUUGGGAUCGAAGACUGUCUCCACAUUGAGUUUGAGUACAACAAAUCCAAGUACCACCUGAAAGACGUCAUUGUGGGUAAGAUCUACUUCCUGCUGGUGCGGAUUAAGAUCAAGCACAUGGAGAUUGACAUCAUCAAACGGGAGACAACUGGCACCGGUCCUAGUGUAUACCAUGAAAAUGACACCAUUGCCAAAUAUGAGAUCAUGGAUGGAGCUCCUGUCCGAGGAGAGUCAAUUCCAAUCCGGUUGUUUCUGGCUGGCUAUGAGAUGACCCCUACCAUGCGAGACAUCAAUAAGAAGUUCUCUGUGCGUUACUACCUUAACCUGGUGCUGAUUGAUGAGGAGGAGAGACGCUACUUCAAACAACAGGAAAUCACACUGUGGAGGAAAGGGGAUGUGGUGAGGAAGAGCAUGUCGACCCAGGCCACCAUCGGAGCCCAGCGGUUCGAGGGCUCAGCCAGUUCGGAGAGUGCUCUGGAGAAGGCGGCGAGGGAGGACAGCGGCUAAAGCUGCCUCCACUCAUUCUCCUCACAAAGACUGGCAGUGUCUGCGGAAAAGUAGUGGGGGGCACCUGUCAGCUCACAUGAUCACUGAUAAAGUAGCCCUCUGUUUAUUAGGGCUGCUGAAUAAAGGGAUAAAGGAAGGAUGAAGGGAAGUGAAAAAGAAGCCUGCAUGAGGCAUUACAGGGGCCUAAAAUUCCGCUGCAGGUCAACUCCCUCAUCAUCAACACACAUAUCCAGUGAAAGUAAAGCCGGCCACUUGAUACCUUAAAAAUUGAAUAUUAUAAACUGGGUGGUUCGAGCCCUGAAUGCUUAUUGGCUGACCGCCAUGGUAUAUCAGACCGUAUACCAUG